AUGGUGUACAUUCGACAAUGGGACCUCGAGGCCUUGCGCCAGUAUAAAUACUCCGGGCUGGACAAGUCGCUGGUCUCGAGAUACAUCAUGAAGCCGUUCUAUACACACGUGGUCAUCAAGUUCUUUCCAAUGUCAAUGGCGCCGAAUCUUAUUACAUUGACUGGUUUCUCAUUCGUGGUUAUCAACUUCCUCACUUUGAUGUGGUAUAAUCCCGGCUUAGACAGCGAUUGCCCGCCGUGGGUGUAUCUGAGCUGGGCUCUUGGCCUGUUUUUAUAUCAGACCUUUGAUGCCGUAGAUGGAACGCAAGCGUACGUGGCCUCUUUUGCUCCCCAGGUUUCAAAUGUUGUCGCUAAUUGGGCGUUUAGACGGAGAACCCGCCAGAGCGGGCCAUUGGGAGAGUUAUUUGACCAUGUGGCUGGGACUGACCAGGGCCUUUCAAUGUUUGUAGGAGUCGAUGCGUGCAACACUGCCCUUGAGGUCCUGAUUUUCGCCGGCACUAUGAAUCUGGGCCAGACGUGGGCCACCGUUCUGGCGCUUUUUGGCUCGGCGCUUACAUUUUAUGUUCAAACGUGGGAUGAGUACUACACUCAGGUCCUGACGUUGGGCAUAAUAUCUGGUCCGGUCGAGGGGAUUCUGACUCUCUGUGUUGUGUACGUAUUCACAGCCGUCAAGGGAGGUGGCAGCUUCUGGCAUAAACCUAUGCUACCGACAAUGGGCAUUGCUCAACCUAGCCUGAUUCCGGACCAUUUCUACAACCUCCCGUUUACUUCCUGGUAUAUAAUAUACGGCGGAUUUGUUCUUCUCUUCAGCACCGUUGCCAGCGUUACGCACGUCCUCGACGUUCGACGGCAGCGAGGCCUGAGCACUGUCACACCACUAUUUGGUCUUCUUCCUGUCGCCGUCACCUGGGUCCUCAUUGCGGCGUAUCUACACCUCAAUCCCGUGAUUCUAAAUUUCCAUCUCGUUCCGUUCGCCUUGUUUGUCGGGAUCAUCAACGCCUAUUCCGUUGGUCGGAUGAUUAUCGCGCAUCUGGUAAAAACGGACUUCCCCUAUCAAAAUAUUCUCUUGAUCCCGCUCCUCUUUGCAGUGUUUGACAGUGCAGCGCCCCGGAUGGGUUUACCGUGGCCAGGAUACCUUGGCGAGAGCAACAAUCAAGUUGCGUUUGUCUUCGGGUGUUUAGGUCUGGGGCUAGGUGUUUAUGGGAGCUUUGUGGUGAGUAUCAUUAACCUUCAGACCUGA